AUGACACUGACUGAGGAGCAGAUCAAAAUUAUCGCGGAUCAUCCACUUAAUGACUCGCUUGCUCGUUUUCCGGAAAAGUUAUGCCAUUUCAAAGAAUCCAAUGAAGCCUGGCGUGGUGACAUUGCCACUCUGCUGUCAGUUUUGCAAGAUGUCCGAGGAGGCUCACUCAAGCUCGACCAAUUUCGCCCACUUGUCGACGUCAUCGCCACUAAUUCUUCCGACACCGACAUCUGGACCGCGGUCCUCAACCUGAUCGACGCCGUCAACCCGUCAACACCACCACCUCCCAGCAUCAUUCCAACGGGCCGCGGAACGCCAGUCAAAACAAGCUCUAGCCGGCUCGAUGACAGCGAAACGCGCGACAUCGUUGAACGCGAGCUAUUUUACGAAAUAAAAGACUGCACCCACAGGGGCGUACCCGGCUUUUUUCAGAAGCACUUCGACUCGACAAAAUGGACCAAGGCUCAGGAAAAAAUGCUUCAGUUGAUCUUGGAAACUCACGAUGGCACAAAGUGGAAAGACUUCCCGGCCGAUUCGUCGGAGAAGGCCGUAUGGGAAUGGCUGGUUGGGCUGGAAGAGAUGGCCUUGACUGGCGCGCGGUAUAUGCUGCAUGCUAAUAGAAGCGCGACCGAGUUCAAGGAGCGCAAAGGCCAGAUGGACAUCUUCUUCCACAAGCCGAAGCGAACGAAGGGCCGGUUUGAAUAUAAAGACGUUCUUGUUGUUGGAGAGCAUAAGCGAUCCUUUGAUACCGGCGACUUCAAAGCAUGCAUGUUGCAGCUCACGCGGCAUGUUCGAAGCAUCUUUGCAGACCAACCGAUGCGCCGAUUUGUGCAUGCGUUCACAAUCAAAGCUACGACGAUGGAGCUCUGGAUUUACGAUCGCUCCGGUGCAUACAGUUCAGGCGAGUUCAACAUCCAUCGCGAACCGGAGAAACUAGCGCGUGCUCUUGUCGCGGGAACCACGUGCUUUUCGACAAGGCAAGGGGUGGCUAAGUUUUCUUGGCGCUCAGACAAGCGGCAACCUUCCGAGGUGAAGCAUUUGAAGCUGGUGCAGGAAAAGGGCGUGGAAGGGGUUGCCACACUUGUGGGACAUCGCGAGAUCACGAGCAUUGCCGACUUGCGAGCGGACUUGGACUUCUCCAGCAGCACGCGGCAUCAGUUCCGAACGACCACCCACGACCGAUCAGACGGAUAUAAUCGCCUACAAGGCUCAGAAAGCAGCGGAUCAAGCAGAAAACGCAAGUCUUCAGAAGAAGAUGUGCGUCCCACCAUGAGGCGGCGGUCCAACAGCCAAAAGUCCGCACUUCGACAAGCCUAUGACCCACCGAGCGAAGAAGCGAACGAUGAAGCGAAGCUGAGCUUAUACACACCGAACCGAGAAGACCCCUACGAGAAUCGCAUUUUGUCCUGGCUUGUUAUCUCCCCUGCUGGACGUGUCGUCAGCGACUUUGGUACCAUUCGAGAGCUGGUCGAGGCGCUCCGCGAUGCCAUAAGAGCGCAUCGAUCUCUGUACCUAAAGGGUUUCAAGGGAAUGCUCAUCGACCUUGAUCUGGCCAAAGAACGAGACAGUGGCCCAAGCGGGGCACGGCAUCAGACAGGAACGAUGCAGUUCAUGGCGAUCGAGGUACUACGUGGCAUAGACCACACCUAUCGCCAUGACUUGGAAUCUUUUUUCUAUGUUCUUCUGUGGAUGUGGGAAGUUGGAAGCUUCAAAGAUAUUGCAAGUGCUAAAAUGGGCCACAUGACCGUCAACAGUUUGGAGGAUAUUAUGAAUGAGUUUCCAAACGCUUUUGACGCGGUCAAACCGCUUUGUCUGCAACUUAGGUCACUACUAUUUGGAGAUACAGCAAGGAUGAUGAUUGGGACGCCUGCGGGAGAUCCAGCGCGACUUUACCAUGGUAUUGUUGCGGCGUACAACGAGGCUAUCGAGCAAUACUAG